GAUUUGCAGUAAAAUCAGAAAAACGUUUAAUUUUGCAUGAAUUCUGCAGACUUGUGAAAAACUGGAGGGGCUUAUUGAUAUAAUUUGGAGUCUAGAGGGCCGCAUAAAUAGCUACAGCGGGCCAGAUUUGGCCCCCAAGCCUUGAGUUUGACAUUUGCUUCAAAAGGACAAACAAAAAGAGGACUAAUGACGUGUUGUGUGAAAAGCGUGAGUGAAAACACCGGGUGAAGGUCAAACAACCGGUUCAUUAAAUGCAAUGAUGUUUGUAUAAACACAGGAAAAAUGAUAUUAAACAGAAGUGGGCACUGUGACACUAGGUCCUGUUGCAAGACAGCGUCUGUUAUUACCUCACCUCUCAGUACCUCCAUGUUCCGGUAAACGGCAAGGAAAGUGAACAAAAUCUGCAGAAAACACGUAUUAAACAGUACAUGAAUAAUAUUUCUGUUAUAUAUUAAAGUAGAUGGCAGUUCCUCAGCUUAAUACGAGGAAUAAAACUGCCUGCAAGCAACUCUGGAGCUCAAUUAUUAACAUCUAAUGCCACAAGUUUAAUAAAUACAAAAUACAAAGUGAGACAAGAGGACAGAGUGUAGAUAAAGGAGCCCGGACAUUUCCAGAAAGUCAAACAUUUGAGCGCCUGACGAAGGAAACAAUGUGUCUCCUAAAGUUGGUGCUAGGUCUGACCUUGGUCGCUCUGGUAAAAUCCAAUGAGUGGUGCUACACUGGUUGUGGUCACACUCCAGAGCAUUGGGAAGCCUUACCUGGAUCUCACUGUGGAGGAGAAAAACAAUCUCCAAUUGAUAUUGUCACCAGCAUCGUUACCAUUGACCCAAAUUUGGAUAAUUUCAUCUUUGUUAAUUUCUCCUCUCAAUCCGCCAUCAAGAAUAUCACAAAUAAUGGACAUUCAGUGCAAUGUGACAUUGAAGCGAAUGAAGCUGAAGUGAGUGGAGGUGGACUUGAUGGUGACUAUUCUGUACUGCAGUUUCAUUUCCACUGGGAUGUAGCGGACCAUUCAGGUUCAGAGCACGCUUUAGACGGUCAUCAUUAUCCAAUGGAGAUGCACAUAGUCACUGCAAAGAAAGGAGUUCUCCCAAAUGAGACUCUUAAUCAUGAAGAUGGACUUGCUGUUCUUGGGUUUUUUAUUGAUGCAACAGAAGAUGGAAACUUAUCUUGGCCGUGGGAAACGUUUACAUCCUACCUGAACGACGUCACAGAGGAGGGCUCUAGUGUGAAAGUAGACAACAUCACGAUUGAUGAUCUGAUUGGUGACGUGGAUCUCACAAAGUUUUAUCGAUACAUGGGCUCUCUGACUACACCCUACUGCCACGAAGCCGUCGUGUGGACGCUCUUUCACGAGCCCAUAAAAGUUCACAAAGAUUUACUUCUGCAUUUUUCCACUGAGAAUAACAUCGCGCCAAACUACAGACCUACACAACCUCUUAAUGGACGAAUCAUCACUGCCUCCCCCGCAACUCCUCCAGCUCAUCUGUGGUGCUAUGAGGACCACUGUGAUUACACGCCGUCUCAUUGGUCUAAUCUGCCCGGCUCCUACUGUGGUGGUGAAAGCCAGUCACCCAUCGACAUCAGCACUGACAGCGUUGUGGAGAAUGAAAAUCUCAGUUCCUUCACCUUUACUAAUUUUGACAACAAACAUGCCAUAAAGUCUAUCACCAACACAGGCCACACAGUGCAGUGCGUGUUGGAGGACGGACUGGUGGAGGUAUCAGGCAGGGGGUUGAAUCACGUCUACUCAACUCUUCAGUUCCACUUCCACUGGGGAACCGAAUCAGCCGAUUCUGAGGGGUCAGAGCACAGCGUGGACAAGAAACGAUACCCAAUGGAGAUGCACAUUGUGAGCAAGAGGAAGAAUUUAACAUUGGAGGAGGCACUAAAUACUCCUGAUGGCCUGGCAGUGCUGGGGUUUUUAAUUGAGGCUCCACAAUCUCCUAGAAGCAUGUCCUCCUCAGUUCCUGCAGAAACAACGUCGCCCACAUCGAGUUCUGCCUCUGACAUGGAAGCCUGGAAAACUCUGACCAGUUACCUGUCGGAUAUCAAAGACAUCGAGUCAGAAGUCGAAGUCACAGAUGAGAUUUCUAUCGAUGACUUGCUUGGCAACGUGAACCGUGACUCAUUUUUCCGCUACAGCGGCUCCCUCACCACGCCUUCCUGCAACGAAGCCGUGGUUUGGACCAUCUUUAAAGAAUCAGUUAAAGUGGACCAAGACCUGAUGGCGCUGUUCCCGGAGAAUGCAGGAUAUCACAACGUCUUCCGGCCCAGUCAGUCUCUUCAUUCCAGAAAGGUCUACACCACGGCUGCAGCCCCCGGACCCGGAAUUUGGUUCAUGUGAUUUGAAACAAAACAA